AUGGAAGCAAGACAACGACUUCAUGUGUUGGGAUAUGUCUUCCAGAUAAGCAACGCAGCUAUCAGUUGGCGAAGCAAAAAACAGUCAUGUGUGGCUCUCUCGACUGCUGAAGCAGAAUACAUGGCAUUGGCAAGUGCAAUCCAAGAAGCUGUUUGGCUACAACAACUUCUAAGUGAUCUAAAAAGCAAGCCAACCGGUCCAAUGUUGAUACUUGAAGAUAAUCAAGCAGCAAUCUGUAUGGCAAAGAAUGCACAGUACCAUGAACGUGCAAAACACAUUGAUAUAAAGUAUCAUUUUAUUCGAGAACAUGUUGCUAGUGCUGCAGUUAAACUGGAAUACUGUAGCACUGAAGAAAUGAUCGCUGACAUUUUUACUAAGGGACUAAGUGUUGUUCAGUUUACCAAACUUAGAAAGAUGCUCGGAGUUAGUUACAAAUGAACAUACAGUUAUACGAGUGAGCAGGAGUGUUGAAAGUAUACACUCGUAAACUUUAUAUAAGAUAAACAUUACGGACUUCCGAUUUGUUUUAUUAGUUAAGUGGUCACGUGUUUAAUUGGAGACCAUGUUGGUUUUUCGGGUUUAUGAAAAACAUCGAACAGUGAACUCUCGUUGAUAUUGCUUUGUUAACAAAUAGUUUUUAUAUUCUUUUAAAUUAAAUCAUUUCAAAACAUUGUGUGUUAUCUUCAUAUUGUGUUGCUACUGCUGCAAAUUAUAGCGUGUUAUAAUAUUUGAAAUGCGAUAUUUUGAGGUCCAAUUUUGCCAGUUUCCAAUCUGUAUGAUGAAAUGCAUAAACAUACAUGACACAUGCAUGUGACAUGGGAACUAUUUCUGUUAAUUUAUUAUUUAUAUGUCUAAAAGUAUUAACUUCUGAAUUCAAAUAUUUCAUUUGUGAAAUGGUUUAUAAUUUGCCAGUAAAUUAAUAUGCGGCUGUUUCAUGCUAACAGUAAAUAAUAUUCGGAUAAAUAUUUGCCAAUUAAUUAAUUUGGCGAAAUACCUGUAAUCGGCCAGCCCUAGCCAGUGAUCAAAGUCUCCUCUCGGGUACCAACCCGCAUAGUCAUACCAAGUACACUUCAAAACCAUGUGAUAGACCUCGCACACGAAGGCCAUCAAGGUAUAUCACGGACAAAACAACUCUUACGUGAGAAGGUCUGGUCAAGUCACAACAAACACAAGCAACAUUGAACCAUUACGUAUGCCUAAGCUAGCAAGAAUCCAUGGGAAAGUGUAUCAAUUGAUUUUUGCGGCCCGUUUCCCAGUGGUGAGUACUUAUAAUUACUUGUAUUGAUUGAUGACUACUCACGAUAUCCCGAAGUAGAUAUUAUUAGAACAGUAGCCCAUACAAUUGUUAUUCCCUGUCUUGAUAAAAUCUUUGCUCCUCACGGAAUUCCCAGAACAAUUAAAUGGGACAAUGGCGCCCCAUUUAAUAGUACAGAAUUCAAACAGUUUGCUAAUUAACUUGGUUUCCAACAUCAGCGUAUAACGCCCUAUUGGCCUCAGGCAAAGGGAGAAGCCGAACGAUUUAUGAGAACGUUAUAGAAAACAGCUAGAACUGCCAAAGUUGAAGGCAGGUCUUGGAAACAAAACUUGUUUACCUUCCUCAGAAACUACCGAGCUACGCCCCAUAGUAUAACCCACCAGGCUCCUGCAACCUUGCUAUUCAAUCGUGCCAUAAAUGUCAAGUUACCCCAGUCACAAACUAUAGCACCAGCUGACCCAAACCAUCAACAAGCACUUGAUGCAUCAUGUAAGUCAAGACAAAAGAACAAGGUCCACUUUGACGAAACAAAGCCAAAUCCUCUGAAUUAAAAGUCGGUGAUGCAGUCCUGCUGAGAAACUCAAAGAAAGGUAAAUUGCAGACCCCUUACGAACAUCAGAAAUACCAAAUUGUUAAGAAGAAAGGAUCGAUGAUUACAGCGUCAAAUGACAAUCGCCAAGUCACUCGGAACUCAUCACAUUUUAAAAAGUUUAAAGAAAAGAAAGGUGAAACAGAUAACCCAGCAGAUAAGGAAGAACGGCCGAGCAAGCAGAACACCAAUGAACGCCCGAAAAGGAAAACAAAACCACCAGCCUACUUUGGAUAUAAACAGUCUGAUAAGUAA